AUGUCGCUUCUCUGUGUCUUUUCUAUAAAUCCUUCCUGCAACCCCUUUCAAACCACCGACCAGUUCUCGUAUAUUCUCAAAUCACCGACCAGUUCUCGUAUAUUCUCAAAUCACCCACCAGUUCUCGCAACCCCUUUCAGACCACCGCUCAAUUCUCACAACCCCUUUCAGACCACCGGCCAGGUCUCGCAACACCUUUCAGACCACCGCUCAGUUCUCGAAUAUUCUCAAACCACCGGCCAGGUCUCGCAACCCCUUUCAAACCACCGACCAGUUCUCGGACAUUCCCAAAUCACCAACCAGUUCUCGCAACCCCUUUCAAACCACCGCUCAGUUCUUGUAUAUUUUCAAAUCACCGACCAGUUCUCGCAACCCCUUUCAGACCAGUGCUCAGUUCUCGAAUAUUCUCAAAUCACCGCUCAAUUCUCGCAACCCCUUUCAAACCACCGCUCAAUUCUCGCAUAUUCUCAAAUCACCGACCAGUUCUGGCACAUUCUGAAAUCACCGACCAGUUCUCGCAACCCCUUUCAGACCACCGCUCAGUUCUCGAAUAUUCUCAAAUCACCGCUCAAUUCUCGCAACCCCUUUCAGACCAGCGGCCAGGUCUCGCAACCCCUUUCAGACCACCGCUCAGUUCUCGAAUAUUCUCAAACCACCGGCCAGGUCUCGCAACCCCUUUCAAACCACCGCUCAAUUCUCGCAACCCCUUUCAGACCACCAACCAGUUCUCGCAACCCCUUUCAAACCACCGCUCAAUUCUCGCAACCCCUUUCAGACCACCGGUCAGGUCUCGCAACCCCUUUCAAACCACCGCUCAAUUCUCGCAUAUUCUGA